AUGGACCGCAUACUCCUAGCCCCAGAACCCCUAAUCCGCGCCGUCCUCGUCGCCCUCUGCGACAGCGAGCGACUCCACGCCCGCAGCCUCAGGUACCUCGACCGCUUGGAGAAACUGAACCCAGCACCAACACCCGCGGCAACCACCAAAUCCGAGGCCCCCGCGAAUACCCAGCCACAGCCCACAGGCUCAAAACUGCUGGGGAAAAGAAAGGCCGCCGAGCCACCACCCCCACAAAUAUGCAUCCAGUGCAAACAUGCCUUCCUCCCGGACAGCAACAGCCCGCAGGCAUGCGCGUUCCACCACGGCAACCUUAACAUAGACCCCUCACAUCGCACCUGGGCAGACGCAGGGGCAGGCCAGGAGGCCUCACAACAACAUCCAUACCAAGACACCGACGACAACCGCGAGGACAGGCCCGAGGGCUUCUCCUGGUCGUGCUGCGGGAGGGGCGGCGCGCGCCCUGGCUGCACCGAGGGCGAGCACCUGGCCGUCAGGGCCGACGACCGGUCCAAGCGGCGGCGCAUCGCCGACGACGCGGCCCGCUCGGACGAGCCGCGGGUGUUCGAGGGCAAGGUGCUGCGGCCGAAUGAGUUCGUGAACGAUAACUUCGUGGAGGAGGACGACACCAGUAGCUCGGACGACGAGUGGGCGUGGGGUGGCCCGGUGUCGCGUGGUGUUGUGAGCCCCGUGGUUGAGGGUGGUGCUGGCGGCGAUGGCGGCGGCGACGAUGUACCGUCGGAAGCGACGGAGAGGGACAGUGGAGGUGGGAGCGAGUGA